AUGGAUGAAAUGUCUUAUUGCUCUUUUUCUGGAGGAGAAGUUUAUAAAAGUCACUUCCAGCCUGGGAUAUAUGUGUGUUCUGAAUGCGGACAUGAGUUAUUUUCCAGCACUUCAAAGUUCGAGCACUCAUCCCCGUGGCCUGCCUUCUCAGAGACAAUCCACGAGGACAGUGUCUCUAAGCACCCUGAGGCAUGGGGGCCCCUAAAGGUUUGCUGUGGGAAAUGUGGCAACGGACUGGGCCAUGACUCACUGACAUUUAUUCCUAAAGAAAAUGUAAGUGAGAAGAAGACUGAGCUUUAA